AUGAAAAUCACACAAACGGAAUUCCCGUCAUUACUGUUCAAAGAUUCUCAUCAAACUGCUUGUUUUGCUCCAACAUUUAAACCGACUGGCUGUUUUCUCCCUAAAAAGGCUUUACUUUCUCCAUCCGCUAAGCUAAAAGAACAUAAUUUACGGCACAAGAACACACUUUGGAGCAGUGUCGUGACAUCAAGACAUUAUUCAUCGUGUGAAGAAAUCAUUGCGCUCUGCUUUAAGCAGGAGAAACAAAAAGUUGCUUUGUUUGAUCUUGUUUCGAUUACGGAUAAGCUCUACGGCGGCUUUAUGAGGGUAAACACACUGUCGAAAAAGGAAGAAGAAAGAAAGCCAUUAAACUGUAAUCUCAGCAAAGCAAUGACAUUGUGGUUGAGAUUAUCAACGGAGCAUGAACUUUUCACUCCACCUAUGCUUAGAAAAUGUACGAACAAAAGUUGA